AUGAAGAUAAUUAAAGAGAAACAGACUCAAUUAGAAAAGAAGAUAUCAAUCAAUUACUUGAUUAUGAUGAUGAUGAUUUUAAUUUUUGGAAAUAUGGGAUUCAAGUUAAUUUCACUGAUAAGCAUCCAGAGCUACAAAUACUACUAAGAUAGAAGCAAUCUAAAUUACUUAAAAAUUGCAUCAGUAGACACGAAAGAAAGUGCGAAGAUUAUUUACAAUGUUUUGUUCAAAUUUGAAAAUGUUGAACAUAUUCUUUAUUAGAAUUAAAAAAAAAGCAUAUUUUAAAUUCUAAACCAUUAAUUAAGCAACCAUAGUUAAAAAAUAUUCAAUAAUGCUCAAUUCUUUGAUUUAUAGUAACAAUCAUUCAUAUAACUAAUUUUUAAGUCUCUAUUUUGA